GGCUGUUCAGUCGAGCCAAGCUUGAACGGUGGUAGAUGAUUCCACCAUUAUGGAGGGAUUCCUUUUGGAAAAUGCCAAACCGGAGGUUUGCUGAUGGCGAGGUGGUGAUGGGCCGUUGGCCAGGAAGUGUCCUGUACUAUGAAGUACAAGUGACUAGUUACGAUGAUGUUUCUCAUCUUUAUACUGUUAAGUACAAAGAUGGGACUGAACUUGCACUGAAAGAAAGUGAUAUAAGGUCACAAUCAUCAUUCAAGCACAGGAAGAGCCAGUCCUCUUCAAGUUCUCCCUCCAGAAGAAGUACUAGCAGAUCUCGAUCUAGAUCUCCUGGUCGGCCAGCAAAAGGCAGACGUCGUUCUUCUUCCCAAAGCAGAGAACAUAAAGAUGACAAAAAGAAAACCAUUCAGGAAACCAACUUAGCUCUACUGAAACCGAAUGAGAAUAACACCAGAAGGUACAAUGGUGAACCUGACAGUACAGAAAGAAAUGACACAUCCUGCAUAAUCUUGGAGCAAAAGUUGAAACCAGACCUGGAAAUAGAGCGUGUGCUUGAACAGUACAGCUUGCGUCCAAGAAAAGAAGAGAAGAAAAAAGAAGAGAUAUAUUCGGAGAAAAAGAUUUUUGAGACAAUAAAAACAAUUGAGAAAGCAUCAUCAAAAACAAAGGAGCUAGAGUUUGGUGGAAGAAUUGGGACCUUCAUGUUGAUAUUUUUCCUGCCUGCUACUGUAUUCUACUUGCUGUUGAUGUGCAAACAAGAUGACCCCAGUCUUAUGAACUUCCCUCCUCCUCUCCCAGCACUUGAAAGUCUUUGGGAGGCUAGGGUGUUUGGUGUUUUUCUUCUGUGGUUUUUCCUUCAAGCUCUGUUUUACUUACUGCCAAUUGGAAAGGUUGUAGAAGGCCUGCCUCUUUCAAAUGGAAGAAAACUGCAGUACCGGAUAAAUGGGUUUUAUGCUUUUAUGUUGACUGCUGCAGCUAUUGGAACUUUAUUGUACUUUCAGUUUGAACUUCAUUAUUUGUAUGAUCACUUCAUGCAGUUUGCAGUGUCAGCUGCAGCUUUUUCUGUGGGGUUGAGCAUUUAUCUAUAUAUUCGGUCCCUGAAAGCUCCCGAGGAAGAACUAGCACCAGGUGGAAAUUCUGGGUAUUUUGUUUAUGAUUUUUUUACUGGACAUGAAUUAAACCCUCGUAUUGGCAGUUUUGACCUCAAAUACUUCUGUGAGUUGCGUCCAGGAUUAAUUGGCUGGGUUGUUAUAAACUUGGCAAUGCUCUUGGCUGAGAUGAAGAUCCACAAUCAAAGUAUGCCAUCUUUGUCAAUGAUACUUGUAAACAGCUUUCAGCUUCUGUAUGUGGUGGAUGCUCUUUGGAAUGAGGAAGCUGUUUUGACUACAAUGGAUAUUACCCAUGAUGGAUUUGGAUUCAUGCUAGCAUUUGGAGAUUUGGUGUGGGUUCCAUUUGUCUACAGUCUUCAGGCCUUCUAUUUAGUUGGUCAUCCUACUGCAAUUUCUUGGCCUGUUGCUGCUGCAAUUACUAUUCUGAACUGUGUUGGGUAUUACAUAUUCCGUAGUGCAAAUUCUCAGAAAAAUAAUUUCCGAAGGAAUCCAGCGGAUCCCAAAUUGGCCUAUCUGAAAUUUAUACCCACUGCAACUGGAAAAGGGCUUCUUGUCACGGGUUGGUGGGGUUUUGUUCGUCACCCUAAUUAUCUUGGUGACAUCAUCAUGGCUCUAGCAUGGUCCCUACCCUGUGGUUUUAAUCACAUUCUACCAUAUUUCUACGUGAUAUAUUUCAUCUGCUUGCUUGUUCAUCGAGAAGCUCGUGAUGAACAUUAUUGUAAGCAAAAAUAUGGCUUGGCAUGGGAAAGGUAUUGUCAGCGUGUACCAUACCGCAUAUUUCCUUACAUCUACUAGAGCACUCCAGAUGCCUGAUCUCAAAUUAUUUCUAAAGUUAGUUUCUUUGCAAAUAAAAAUAUACCUCUUA